AUGUUUUAAAUGAAUUAGCUUUUUUUGAUUAAUAAGGAGAAUUUAUUCCAUAAUUAAAAUUCAGUCGUAGAAAAUCUAGAAGCAAAUAUCAGAUUGGCCCUGAACCAGGCUGACAGCGUCAGCUGAACCUGCUGGUGAAGGUGGUGCAGCUUCCCAAGCCACGUCCAGGACUGAGGCUCUGGGAGAUGCUGAGGGUGUGUCUGCAGGGAGGACUUCUCCAGCUCCUUUGCUGAUUCCUACACUGAAGCCUGGCAACCAUCGCAGGGGUCCUCCGAGGGGAAAGAACAAAGCUACAGGACACCAGAAACCCCAUGAUCCAUCCGAAAACAUGAGGCAAAUGCUGAAGGAAAUGCAGCAGGCAGGACAAGUGGAUGGAGAGGCUGGGCAUAAGGCGGCGUUUCCCAGAGGAAGCAGGUGCUCCAUUCCAGACUCUGCUGCAGGAAGGGAGAUGAUGCCACGCACAGGCAGAGGAGAUGAGGGUGCUGGGAAGGCUUCUCCAUCAGCUUGGAUGAAUAACGUUUUGAAGCCCUUGGAGCCUCCUGCAGAUGUGUCUACAGGGAGGACUUCUCCAGCUCUUACCUUGGAUGCUGCACUCAAGCCCAGCUCCCAUCACAGGGGUACUCCAACAGGGAAGAUCCAAGACAGAACAGACAAGAUAUCCCUGGAAUCACCCAAAGAGAUGAGGCAAGAGCUGAAGGAACUCCUGCAGACAAGACAAGAGAUGGACAUAGUGCUUCAGUGGAAGUUGGCAUUUCUUGAAGGAAGCACUCCAUCUUCAAUGCCAGCCCCUGCUGCAGGAAGGAAGGCGAUGGCAGACACGGGCACAGGCACAGCAGACUGGGAUGCUGGGAAGAAUUCUCCAUUAGCCUGGCGCUCUGAAGUUGUGAAGCCCUCUGGGCAUUCUGCAGAUGUGUCUGCAGGGACGCCUUCAACAACUCCUACCUUGGAUGCUGCACAAAAGCCCAGCUCCCAUGGCAGGGGUCCUCCACCAGAAGAGAUCAAAGACAUGGCAGGCAAGAAGUUCCAGAAUCCAUUAGAAAUUACGUGGCAAAUGCUGAAGGAAGUGCUGCAGGGAGGACAAGGCCAUGCCCACCCUGAGAUCCCCUGCGAUUUUGCAGUCUCCAGGCUGAUCACUUAUGGCGGGUGUUUUGAUGAAAGCGGGCCCUGUGCUACCCAGGAUGUUUAUGUCUUUGAGAAGAAUUGCCUCUUGAAGAUGCCACCUCUCCAGUGGGGAUCAGUCGUACCUGAUGAGCUGUUGUUUUUCCUUUCUCCACAAGUGGAUGGAGAGGCUGCACGGAAGGCGGCGUUUCCCGAAGGAAGCAAUCGGGAUGGCAAAUUGCACUAUUUGGAUGCCCUGCUGGAUGAUGGCUUAAGGCUCUUGAAGAAUGCUGGAGUGGUGCCCGUGCAGAUCAGCAGAGAUGGCAGAAGCUUCUGUGGCUGUUGUGUUACAGGUGUGUCUGCAGGGAGGACUUUCCCAGGUCCUUUGGUGGAUGUUGCACGCAAGCCCAGCUCGCAUCGCAAGGGUCCUCCGAGGGGAAAGAACAAAGCUACCGGUCACAAGAAACCCCAUGAGCCACUCAAAAUCACGGGACAAAUGGUGAAAGAAUUACUGCAAGCCGAACAAGAAGUGGAUGCAGAGGCUGGGCAGAAGGCGGCGUUUCCCGAAGGAAGCAGUGGUUCCGUGCCAGCCUCUGCUGUAGGACUGGAGGCGAUGCCAGGCACAGGCACAGGAGGUUGGGAUCAAGACAUGGAUUAUCUGGAAAACCUGCUGGAUUAUGGCUUGAGACUCAUGGGAAAUCCUGGAGCUGAACCUGCUGGUGAAGGUGGUGCAGCUUCCCAAGCCACGUCCAGGACGGAGCCUCUGGGAGAUGCUGAGGGUGUGUCUGCAGGGAGGACUUCUCCAGCUCCUUUGCUGAUUCCUACAGAGAAGCCUGGCAACCAUCGCAGAGGUCCUCCACCAGAAGAGAUCAAAGACAUGGCAGACAAGAAAUUCCAGAAUCCAUUAGAAAUUAUGUGGCAAAUGCUGAAGGAAGUGCUGCAGGGAGGACAAGAAAUGAAAGGAGAGCCUGUGGAGAAAGAAGCAUUUCCCGGAGGAAGCAGGGGCUUCGUGGCAACCUCUGCUGCAGGAAGGGAGGCCAUGCCAGGCACAGACACAGGAGACUGGAAUCGUGACAUGGGUUUUCAGGAAGUCCUGAUGAAGGAUGGUUUGAAGUUCCUGGAGGAUGCUGGAGGCAAGUUUUCAUUCUGCCUUUCCUGAGUGAAUAAUCAGGAUCAAUGCAACAAAAGCUCAAUUAUAAACCAUUUCCCUUAACAUUAUGUAAGGGCUGAAGGAUUCUGAGAAUCUUUCC